AUGAUUUACUCUCUCUUAUUUCUCUCACUCCUUAGGUUGCUGUUUGCUUUUGAUAUUUCCCUGAAGACAAAUGUUGCCGUCUACUGGGGUCAAAAUUCCGCUGGGGGUUCAGCUACACAAGAAACAUUAGAAUAUUAUUGUGAAUCUGACGAUGUCGACAUUGUCUUAUUGUCAUUUCUUACUGGAUUCCCAACUAUGAGUUUGGAUUUUGCAAGCGCAUGCUCCGAUACUUUUUCAGAUGGUUUGCUCAAAUGUGACGCUAUUGCUACUGGGAUUGAAACAUGUCAAUCAAAUGGUAAAAUCGUUCUCCUUUCCAUGGGUGGUGCUCUGGGAAGUUAUGGUUUCACUUCGGAUUCUGAAGCAACUACAUUCGCCGAGACUCUAUGGAACACAUUUGGUGGUGGUUCCGCAACUGAAAGACCGUUUGGUACUGCAGUCGUUGACGGAUUUGACUUGGAUAUUGAAAACAACGAAGAAACUGGCUACGUUGCCUUGGGAACUGCAUUGAGAACUUGGUUUGCUGAAGAUACUUCUAAAACGUACUACCUCUCCGCUGCACCCCAAUGUCCAUAUCCUGAUGCCUCCGUCGGAGACUUCCUCAGUGGUGUUGAUGUCGAUUUUGCCUUCAUUCAAUUUUAUAAUAAUUAUUGUAUGCUAGGAUCUAGUUUCAACUGGGAUACAUGGAAGUCGUAUGCUGAGAAUACAUCGCCUAACAAAGAUAUUAAGCUUUUCUUAGGUUUACCAGCAUCUUCUACUGCAGCAAGUACAGGAUACAGUUCUUCCAGUGUUGUGCUGGGAUACUUGGCUGAUAUUCAAAGCGAUUCUUCAUUCGGUGGUAUUUCUUUAUGGGAUGCAUCCCAGGCUUGGGCUAAUACUGACUCUGAUGGCGACAAUUAUGCUGAACAAAUGAAAAGUAUUUUGGAAGCUGGCACAACUUCUAGUACGACUACCACCAAAGCUACCACAUCCACCAGUUCGACCACAACUAAAGCUACUACAUCCACUAGUACGUCUACUACCAAAGCUACUACAUCCACCAGUACGUCUACUACCAAAACCACUACCUCUACAAGUUCAUCAUCAGUUUCGUAUUCUUCAACCACCACAACUACUACCACAACUACUACCACAACCACGCUUCCAAGCUUGACUAAAACUCCCGAGUCCUCAUCCUCGACUACCUCAAGUACUUCAGUCAAUCCAACUUCCUCAACUGAGACAUCUUCAACAGAGACAAGUUCAGUUACUGCUAGGACUUCAUCUAGUUCAUCAACAUCGACUAAGACAACUUCAAGUUCAAGCUCACUCUCAAGCAGUAAAGCUACUUCAAGCUAUUCAUCUAGUACUUCCACACCAGCCGAUAAAGAAACGACGACAGAAGCUGAUCAAACUACAUCAAGUUCUUCGAUCAGUUCUACUCCGACUACGUUAAGCACGGUAACCAGUUCUUCAAGCUCAAAAGAAGAUGAAUCUUCUUCAUCUUCUAGCGCUUCUCCAAGUACGAAAUCAAGUACCAGUUUGGUUUCCCCUAGUUCUACCAUAAUACGUUCGACUACUAGCUCUACAAGCUCACCGACAUCAACUCAUGUUGUCGUGGUGCUUGAGACCGCCCCUGCAGUUCACGUUACACUGACCAAGGUUGGGUACACCACAUUAAUUACUACAGUCUAUGGCAAUCCAUAG